AUGGUUCUCGAAGCAAGUGGUGCAGCAAGUGCAUCGUCUAGUGGGGGCAAUGAUUUUCAUGUUGUGGUGCGUCCAGGGACACUGGGACAUUCUCGACCUGGAUCUCCUUUUCCUAUAGUCAUCCAGAUGACUGGUUAUCAAUCGCAGCCGUCACAGAACCAAACCGCCCAGUAUUCAAUUAUGCUCCGGAAAGCGAACGGCAGCGCGACCGUGGUUCGGUUUGGCUCGCCUGGAAACCCGUAUGAAGAUAAUAGAGGAAACCAAAUUUUCGUCUUCGACCAUACGCAAAUGACAAUAGGACAGGUACCCGAAGGUGAAUGGGACUUGGGAGUCUAUGUCCAACACAUCCACCAUCAUAACAAUAACAUAACGCAUCAGGAUACAGUCUUUAAAGUUGGGAAUGCGAGGUUUACGGUUGCAAGUGGCACUGGCACUGGUUCUCUUGAUGAUACCAUGAAGUCAUGGCUGCGAAGUAACCAACAUAUCCUCAAUGCCUGGCCAGUCUACAACGGGUUCAUGUAG